GGUGAGAAGGGGGGGUCUGGUGGACAGCUCGGCCUUUAUCUCCCCUGGAGGCAGGGGGCCGCUUCACCAGUGAGCACAGAGCCACAGCUGCGGAGGCCUCAGCAUGCCCUAGGGCUCUGCCUUCUGUGCUCUGAGGCCCUGCGGCCCUGCACCCCUGCACCACUACAGCUCCCUUGCCAGGGAAGAUGGCUCCUACCAGGCUUGCAAGGGUGCUGCUUGCUCUGGCCUUCACCUUGCCAGGGACCCUCUGUGCAGAAGGGGCUCUUGACCGGCCCUCCGUGGCCAGGUGCAGCCUUUUUGGGGCUGACUUCAUCAGCACCUUUGACGACACCAUGUACAGCUUCAAGGGGGGCUGCAGCUACUUCCUGGCUGGGGACUGCCAGAAGCGCUCCUUCUCCAUCAUCGGGAACUUCCAAAAUGGGGAGAGAGUCAGCCUCUCUGUGUUCUUGGGAGAAUUUUUUGACAUCCAUUUGUUUGCCAAUGGGACAGUACUACAAGGUGGCCAAAGUAUCUCCAUGCCCUAUGCCUCCAAAGGGCUAUAUCUAGAAACAGAGGCAGGGUUCUACAAGCUGUCCAGUGAGGCCUAUGGCUUUGUGGCCAGAAUCGAUGGCAAUGGCAACUUCCAAGUUCUGCUGCCUGACAGAUACUUUAAUAAGACUUGUGGGCUGUGCGGUAACUUCAACAUCUUUGCUGAAGAUGACUUUAGGACUCAAGAAGGGACCUUGACUUCAGACCCCUAUGACUUCGCCAACUCCUGGGCCAUGAGCAGCAGUGAACAGCGAUGUAAACGGGUGUCUCCUUCCAGCAGCCCUUGCAACAUCUCUGAGGAGAUACAGAAGGAGCUGUGGGAGCGCUGCCAGCUCCUGAAGAGCGCCUCAGCCUUCGCCCGCUGCCACCCUCUGGUGGACCCCGAGCCUUACGUGGCUGCGUGUGAGAUGAGCCUGUGCACAUGCGCCCCCGAGCCGGGUUGCCCCUGUGCGGUGCUGCUGGAGUAUGCGCGGUCCUGUGCGCACCGGGGCUUGGUGCUGCACGGCUGGGCAGAGCACAGCACCUGCCGACCAGCCUGCCCUGCCGGCAUGGAGUACAAGGAGUGUGUGUCCCCAUGCACCAGAACCUGCCAAAGCCUGCACAUCAGCCACAUGUGUCAGGAACAGUGUGUGGAUGGCUGCCACUGUCCAGAGGGACAGCUGCUGGACGGAGACCGCUGUGUGGACAGUACCGAGUGUUCCUGCAUGCACGCGGGGAGGCGGUACCCUCCUGGAGCCUCCCUCUCACGAGACUGCAACACCUGCAUUUGCCGAAACAGCCUGUGGGUCUGCAGCAAUGAAGAAUGCCCAGGGGAGUGUGUGGUCACAGGACAGUCCCAUUUCAAGAGCUUUGACAACAGACACUUCACCUUCAGCGGGGUCUGCCAGUACCUGCUGUCCCGUGACUGCCAGGACCAUGCCUUCUCCAUUGUUAUAGAGACCGUCCAGUGUGCUGAUGACCCCGACGCCGUGUGCACCCGCUCUGUCACCAUCCGCCUGCCACGCCUGCUUAGUGGCCUGCUGAAGCUGAAGCACGGGGGCGGUGUGGCCCUGGAUGGCCAGGACAUUCAGCUGCCUCUCCUGCAAGGUGACCUCCGUGUCCAGCACACAGUGAUGACCUCUGUGCGCCUCAGCUAUAGUGAGGACCUGCAGCUGGACUGGGACGGUCGCGGGAAGCUGCUGCUGAAGCUGUCCCCAGCAUACACCGGGAAGACAUGUGGCCUGUGUGGCAACUACAAUGGCAAUCGUGGAGAUGACUUCCUGACACCCUCAGGCCUGGUAGAGCCCUUGGUGGAGGACUUUGGCAAUGCCUGGAAGCUGCGCCCUGACUGUGCCGACCUGCCUCGGCAGCCUGGGGAUCCCUGUGCGCUUAACCCGCGCCUGACCCGCUUUGCUGAGGAGGCCUGCGUGCUGCUGACGUCCCCCAAGUUCCAGGCUUGCCACCAUGCCGUGCGACCCCAGCCCUACCUGCACAACUGCCGCUAUGACGUGUGUGCCUGCUCUGACGGCAGGGACUGCCUGUGCGAUGCCGUGGCCGACUAUGCCGCCGCCUGCGCCCGGAGGGGUGUGCACAUCGCGUGGCGGGAGCCCGGCCUCUGCGCCCUGAGCUGCCCUGAGGGCCAGGUGUACCUGCAGUGUGGGACCCCUUGCAACAUGACCUGCCGUUCCCUCUCACACCCGGAUGAGGAGUGCAGUGAUGUGUGCCUGGAGGGCUGCUUCUGCCCGCCGGGGCUCUACCAGGAUGAACGGGGAGACUGUGUGCCCAGGGCCCAGUGCCCUUGUUACUAUGAUGGAGAGGUCUUCCAGCCUGAGGACAUCUUCUCAGACCAUCACACCAUGUGCUACUGUGAAGAUGGCUCUAUGCACUGUACCACGAGUGGGAACCCCGGAAGCCUGCUGCCCGACACCAUCCUGGGCGGCCCUCUGUCUCACCGCAGCAAGAGGAGCCUGUCCUGCCGGCCCCCCAUGGUCAAGCUGGUAUGUCCAGCCGACAGCCCGAGGGCAGAGGGCUUGGAGUGCGCCAAGACCUGCCAGAACUACGACCUGGAGUGCAUAAGCCCAGGCUGUGUGUCGGGGUGCCUCUGCCCCCCGGGCAUGGUUCGGCAUGAAAACAGAUGUGUGGCCCUGGAAAGGUGUCCCUGCUUCCACCAGGGCCGAGAAUAUGCACCAGGAGAGACCGUGAAGAUCGACUGCAACACCUGUGUCUGUCAGGACCGGAAGUGGAACUGCUCACAGCACAUGUGUGAUGCCACCUGCUCCACACUCGGCCUGGCCCACUACCUCACUUUUGACGGGCUCAAAUACCUGUUCCCCGGGGAGUGCCAGUACGUCCUGGUACAGGAUUACUGUGGCGGCAACCCCGGGACCUUCCGGAUCCUGGUGGGGAAUGAGGGGUGUGGCUACCCCUCAGUGAAGUGCAAGAAACGGGUCACCAUCCUGGUGGAAGGAGGAGAGAUUGAGCUGUUUGAUGGGGAGGUGACUGUGAAGAAGCCUAUGAAGGAUGAGACUCACUUUGAGGUGAUGGAAUCUGGCCGCUUCAUCAUCCUGCUGCUGGGCCAGGCGCUCUCAGUGGUCUGGGACCGCCACCUGGGUGUCUCUGUGGCCCUGAAGCAGACGUACCAGGAGCAGGUGUGCGGCCUGUGCGGGAACUAUGACGGCAUCCAGAACAAUGACCUCACCAGCAGCAGCCUCCAGGUAGAAGAUGACCCAGUGGACUUUGGGAAUUCCUGGAAAGUGAGCCCACAGUGUGCCGACACCAGCAAGGUGCCACUGGACUCGUCACCUGCUACCUGCCACAACAAUAUCAUGAAGCAAACAGUGGUGGACUCCUCUUGCAGGAUCCUCACCAGUGACAUCUUCCAGGACUGCAACAAGCUGGUGGACCCUGAGCUGUUCCUGGAUGCCUGCAUCUAUGACACCUGCUCUUGCGAGUCUGUAGGGGACUGCGCCUGCUUCUGUGACGCCAUUGCUGCCUACGCCCACGUGUGUGCCCAGCAUGGCCAGGUGGUGGCCUGGAGGACAGCCAGCUUGUGCCCCCAGAGCUGCGAGGAGCGAAAUCUCCGGGACAAUGGCUAUGAGUGUGAAUGGCGCUACAACAGCUGUGCCCCAGCCUGCCCUAUCACGUGCCAGCACCCGGAGCCCUUGGCAUGCCCUAUACAGUGUGUGGAGGGUUGCCAUGCAUACUGCCCUCCAGGGAAAAUUCUGGAUGAGCUUCUGCAGACCUGCGUGGACCUUUCGGACUGCCCAGUGUGUAAUGUGGAUGGCAGGCACCUUGCCCAGGGAAAGAAAAUCACCUUGAACCCCAGUGACCCCCAGCACUGCCAGAUCUGCCAUUGCAAUGGUGCUAACCUCACUUGCGAGGCCUGCAUGGACCAGGGGGGAGUGGAGGCACCUCCCACAGAGGGCCCGCUCAGCCCCACCACCUCAUACAUCGAGGACACCCCGGAGCCCCCGCUGCACACCUUCCAGUGCAGCAAACUGCUGGACCUGGUCUUUCUGCUGGAUGGCUCCUCCAAGCUGUCGCAGGCUGAGUUCGAGGUGCUGAAGGCCUUUGUGGUGGGCGUGAUGGAGCGGCUGCACAUCUCACAGAAGCGCAUUCGUGUGGCGCUGGUGGAGUACCAUGAAGGCUCACACGCCUACCUGGACCUGCAGGACCACAAGCGGCCAUCCGAGCUGCGGCGGAUUGCCAGGCAAGUGCGCUACGCGGGCAGCGAGCUGGCAUACACCAGCGAGGCGCUCAAAUACACGCUCUUCCAGGUGUUCAGCAAGUUGGAUCGGCCUGAAGCGGCGCGGGUGGUCCUGCUGCUGACCGCCAGCACUGAGCCCCCAGGCCAGAUCCGCAGCCUGGUGCGAUACGCGCAGGGCCUCCGGAAGAAAAGGGUGGUGGUGCUGCCCGUGGCCCUCGGGCCCCACGCCAGCCUCAAGCAGAUCCGCCUCAUCGAGAAGCAGGCCCCAGAGAACAAGGUCUUCCUGCUCAGCAGUGUGGACGAGCUGCAGCAGCGCAGGGACGAGAUCCUCAACUUCCUCUGCGACCUGGCCCCUGAGCCCCCCGGCCCCACCCGGCCGCCCCCGCCUGCUGCACAGGUCACCCUGGCCCCCGAGCUCCCGCGUGGCACCACCACCACCCCGAGAGAAACCCUGGUCCUGGACGUGGUGUUCAUGCUGGAAGGCUCUGACAGCAUUGGGGAAGCCAACUUCAACCGCAGCAGGGACUUCCUGGAGCAGGUGAUCCAGCGCAUGGCUGUGAGCCAGGAGGAAAUCCACAUCACGGUGCUACAGUACUCAUACACAGUGAUUCCUGAGUACACCUUCAGUGAGGCGCAGACCAAGGCCGAGGUCCUGCGGCACGUGCGGGAGCUCCGCUACCGGGGCGGCAACAGCACCCGCACGGGACAGGCCUUGCAGUACCUGGCCCAGCACAGCUUCUCAGGUGGCCAGGGCGACCGCGAGCAGGCGCCCAACCUAGUCUACAUGGUCACGGCCUCGCCUGCCACUGAUGAGCUCAGGCGGCUGCCUGGGGACAUCCAGCUGGUGCCCAUUGGCGUGGGCCCGCACGCGGACGUGCAGGAGCUGGAGCGCCUGGCCUGGCCGCACUCCCCCAUCCUCAUCCAGGACUUCGACCUGCUGCCACGGGAGGCACCCGAGCUGGUGCUGCAGAGCUGCUGCUCCCCACAGGCGCCGAUCCCCGCUUUGCCCAGAGACUGCAACCAGCCCUUGGAUGUCAUCCUUCUACUUGACGGCUGCUCCACCUCCCCAGCAUCCUACUUCGAUGAAAUGAAGAGUUUUGCCAAAGCUUUCAUUUCAAAGGCCAAUAUAGGGCCUCAGCUCACUCAAGUGGCCGUGCUCCAGUAUGGCAGCAUCACCACCAUUGAUGUGCCGUGGAAUGUGCCGCAGGACAAAGCCCACCUGCAGAGCCUUGUGGACUUCAUGCAGCGGGAGGGGGGGCCCAGCCUAGUGGGAGAUGCUUUGGGCUUUGCUGUGCGGUAUCUCUCCUCUGAAGUCCACGGUGCCAGACCUGGAGCCUCAAAGGCUGUGGUCCUCCUGGUCACAGAUGUCUCCGUGGAUUCAGUGGCGGCAGCAGCUGAAGCUGCUAGGUCCAGCCGAGUGGCGGUGUACCCCAUUGGGAUUGGGGACCGGUAUGAUUUGGCCCAGCUGAGGACCUUGGCAGGCUCAGAGGCUGGCUCCAAUGUGCUGCAGCUCCAAAGAAUUGAAGACCUCCCCACCAUGGUCACUCUGGACAACUCCUUCCUCCACAAGCUGUGCUCUGGGUUCAUUAGAGUUUGCUUGGAUGAAGAUGGAAAUGAGAAGAAACCUGGGGACAUCUGGACCUUGCCAGACCAGUGCCACACAGUGACUUGUUUGCCUGAUGGUCAGACCUUGCUAAAGAGUCACCGGGUCAACUGUGAUCGGGGGCCAAGGCCUUCAUGCCCCAACAGCCAGUCCCCUAUUAGGGUGGAAGAGACCUGUGGUUGCCGUUGGACCUGUCCCUGUGUGUGUAUGGGCAGCUCCACCCGGCACAUUGUGACCUUCGAUGGACAGAAUUUCAAGCUGACGGGCAGCUGUUCGUAUGUCCUCUUUCAAAACAAGGAGCAGGACCUAGAGGUGAUUCUCCAUAAUGGAGCCUGCAGCCCAGGAGUGAGGCAGACCUGCAUGAAAUCCAUUGAGCUGAAGCACGAUGGCCUCUCGGUGGAGCUCCACAGUGACAUGGAGGUGGCCGUGAAUGGGAGGCUGGUCUCUGUUCCUUACCUGGGCGGAAACAUGGAGGUCCUUAUCUAUGGCGCCAUCAUGCACGAGGUUCGAUUCAGCCAACUCGGACACGUCUUCACCUUCACGCCACAGAACAAUGAGUUCCAGCUGCAGCUCAGCCCCAAGACCUUGGCUGCAAAGACGCCAGGCCUCUGUGGAACCUGUGAUGAGAAUGGGGCCAACGACUUCAUGCUGAGGGAUGGUACCAUCACCACAGACUGGAAGACACUUGUUCAGGACUGGGCGGUGCCAAAGGCAGAGCAGACGUGCCAGCGUGUCCCUGAGGAAUCGUGUCCUGUGACCAGCGCCUCCUACUGCCAGGUCCUCUUCUCACCAGCAUUCACUGAGUGCCACAAAGUCUUGGCUCCUGCAACGUUUUAUGACAUCUGCCAGCAGGACAGCUGCCGCCAGGAGCAGGCCUGUGAGACAAUCUCCUCAUAUGCCCACCUCUGCAGAGUGAAUGGGGUCUGCGUGGACUGGAGGACUCCUGAUUUCUGUGCUAUGAUAUGUCCCCCAUCCCUGGUCUACAACCACUGCCAGCGUGGCUGUCCCCGGCACUGUGAAGGCAACAUGAGCUUCUGUGGGGAGAACCCCACUGAAGGCUGCUUCUGCCCCCCUGAAAAAGCGAUGCUGGAGGGGACCUGUGUCCCUGAGGAGGCCUGCACCCAGUGUGUCAGUGAUGAUGGAAUGCGUCACCAGCUCCUGGAGACCUGGGUUCCAGAUCACCAGCCCUGCCAGAUCUGUAUGUGCCUCAGAGGGCGGAAGAUCAACUGCACCAUGCAGCCCUGCCCCACACCCAGAGCUCCUGUGUGUGGUCCAUGCGAAGUGGCCCGUCUCCACCAGGAUGGAGGCCAGUGCUGUCCAGAGUAUGAGUGUGUGUGUGACCUGAAGAACUGUGACCAGCCCCAGACACCUCACUGUGAAGGUGGCCUCCAGCUGACACUGACCAACCCUGGCGAGUGCAUACCCAACUUCACCUGUGUCUGCAGGAAAGAGGAGUGCCCGAGCCAGCUGCCACCAUCCUGCCCCCCACACCGCACCCCAGCACUCCGGAAGACCCAGUGUUGCGAUGAGUAUGAAUGUGCAUGCAGCUGUGCCAACUCCACUGUGAGCUGCCCACUGGGCUACCUGGCCUCGGCCGUCACCAAUGACUGUGGCUGCACCACCACCACCUGCCUCCCCGACAAGGUGUGUGUCCACCGAGGCACCAUCUACCCCGUAGGCCAGUUCUGGGAGGAAGGCUGCGACGUGUGCACCUGCACGGACCUGGAGGAUGCUGUGGUGGGCCUUCGUGUGGCCCAGUGCUCACAGAAGCCCUGUGACGAGGGCUGCCGUGGGGGCUUCACGUACGUCCUCCAUGAAGGCGAGUGCUGUGGACGGUGUCUGCCAUCUGCCUGUGAAGUGGUGACCGGCUCCCCAUGGGGGGACUCCCAGACUUCCUGGAAGAACGUGGGGUCCCGUUGGACAGACUUCAAGAACCCCUGUCUCAUCAACGAGUGCAUCCGGGUGAAGGAGGAGGUGUUCGUGCAGCAGCACAACAUCUCGUGCCAGCAGCUGGAUGUGCCGUUCUGCCCUGUGGGCUUCCACCUCAGCUGCCAGACCUCUGAGUGCUGCCCAACUUGCCGCUGCGAGCCUGUGCAGGCCUGUCUGCUCAAUGGCACCAUGAUUGAGCCCGGCAGGAGCCUGAUGACAGAUGUGUGCACCACCUGCCGCUGCUCACUGGAGGAGUCUGGCACUGUGUCUAGGUUCCGGCUGGAGUGCAGGAAGACCACUUGCACCCCCUGCUCCCAGGGCUACCGGGAAGAGAAAGUGGAAGGCGAGUGCUGUGGGCGGUGUUUGCCAGUGGCCUGUACCAUCUGGCUCCGAGAUGGACAGAUCAUGACCCUGAAGCGAGAUGAGACUUUCCAAGACGGCUGUGACAGCCACUUGUGCAAGGUCAACGAGAAGGGAGAGUACAUCUGGGAGAAGAGGGUCAUGGGCUGCCCACCCUUUGAUGAGCACAGGUGUUUGGCCCAGGGGGGGAAGAUCAUGAAGAUCCCAGGCACCUGCUGUGACACAUGUGAGGAGCCUGAGUGCAAGGACAUCACUGCCCAACUGCAAUAUGUCAAAGUGGGGAGCUGCAAGUCAGAAGAGGAAGUUGACAUUCACUACUGCCAGGGUAAAUGUGCCAGCAAAGCCGUGUACAACAUCGAUGUGGAGGAUGUGCAGGACCAGUGCUCCUGCUGCUCACCCACGCGCACCGAGCCCAUGCAGGUGCCCCUGCGCUGCACCAACGGCUCUGUCAUCUUCCACCAGGUGCUCAAUGCCCUGCAGUGCAAGUGUUCAUCUAGGAAGUGCAGCCCGUGAGGCUGGGGGGCCCUUUGGGCCUGUCUCCUGCCUGGGUGCUGCUCAGCUGCCUGCCCUCCCUCUCACACCCACAAUAAAGGCCCAGCUCUCUCUCAUCCUGCAAA